UGAAACUCUUCAUUUGUGUUGAAACUAGUCUAUAUAUACAGUUGUAGUAAUAUCCAACUUCAUCAUUCACAAACUAAAUCUUAUUCUCUACAAAUAAAGCAUACAAGUUCUUAUAUUCAGUCCAAACGAAAACAUGCCUUGGAUUUCGAUCUUCACCGGAAAAUCUGGAUUUGCUGCAUCUUCUACAGCCGAAGAUGUUACUAAAGGGAUCGAUGGAACUGGUCUUACUGCCAUUGUUACCGGAGCUACAAGUGGUAUCGGUUUAGAAACUGCGCGCGUGCUUGCUUUACGGGGAGUCCAUGUCGUUAUGCCGGUUAGAAAUAUUGCAGCUGGUGAAAAAGCAAAAGAAAGCAUUGCUGAAGAAGUCCCCAAUGCAAAACUUGACGUGAUGGAGUUAGAUGUUAGCUCACAGGAAUCUGUUAGAAAAUUUGCAUCGCAAUAUUGUUCCAAAGGACUUCCAUUAAACAUCUUGAUUCUGAAUGCAGGGAUUAUGAGUCCUCCUUUCACUCUCAGCAAAGACAACAUAGAAUUGCAGUUUGCAACCAACCAUCUUGGUAACUUUCUUUUGACAAACUUGUUAUUGGAUACGAUGAAAAAGACCGCAAGAGAAAGUGGGAAAGAGGGAAGGAUUGUUAUACUUUCCUCCGAGCUUCAUCAAACGACAUACAAAGAAGGAAUUAUGUUCGAUAAAAUCAAUGACGAGAAGAGUUAUAACGCGAUGUAUGCUUAUGGGCAAUCAAAGCUUGCUAAUGCAUUACAUGCAAAGGAGCUCACUCGGCGUUUGCAGGAAGAGGGAGUCAAUAUAACUGCCAAUUCAUUGCAUCCUGGAGUUAUUAAUACGAAUCUACUACGCCACAAUGGCAUCUUUGCUAUAUUUUUUAAAGUGGUUCAGAGUUUCUUAAAGAACAUCCCACAGGGAGCUGCAACAACAUGCUAUGUAGCAAUGCACCCACAACUUAAGGGCGUUAGUGGGGAGUAUUUUGCGGAUAGCAACUUGAAGAAAGCAAGCAAAUAUGCACAAGAUCCAGAACUAGCAAAGAAACUGUGGGAUUUCAGUGAGAAGUUGACCCAAGCCAAGUGAUCCAUCUGCUCAUGGACUAUUUUCCUUUAUGUAACAAAAUAAUAAUAUAUGUUUUUAUAGUAAUGACAAUUGUUGUAAGAAUUAUAUGGUGCCUUUUUUUUUAUAAAUGAAAGUGAGAAAGUUUACAAAUUA